GGCUUGCAUAUUUGUUGGUGUUUAGUAGACUCACCAGUGAACACUACACCACAGUGAUAAUUGUAUCUCAGUGAUAAAUGAUAAAAAUUCUGAAAUCAAAACUAGUGCUGUAUACUUCAAGUAGAUCAACGGGUGUGUUCAAGCUGAUAUCGAUUGUUGCUGUACCGAAAGUCCAUAUACGUCCCAACCCAACGGCCAGACCUUCGUCGCAAUGGAUGUCACCUUUGACAACAUCACCUAUACGGUAACCACCGGUAAACGGGAAAAGAAAACCGUCCUCAAUGGUGUAUCGGGACGGUUUCAGUCGGGUGAGUUGACCGCCAUCAUGGGUCCGUCCGGUGCAGGCAAAUCGUCACUACUAAACAUCCUUACCGGUUACACGACACAGGGCGUUAAGGGAACGCUCGCCUUCGGCAGCAGUGGUAGCACAAACCGUAAACUGUGCAGCUACAUACUGCAGGAAGACUAUCUGCAGCCACUCUUUACCGUGCACGAGAUAAUGCUGAUGGCCUGCGAUCUGAAGGUUUCGUCCGACAGUCUUAACCGCAGCGAAAAGCUUCGGCUGGUUGACAAAAUUCUCGACACGUUACAGUUGAGCUACUGCAAACAGACACGCUGUGGCAGCCUGUCCGGUGGCCAACGGAAGCGUCUAUCAAUCGCACUGGAGCUUAUCGAUAAUCCGCCGAUCCUAUUUCUGGACGAACCAACUACUGGCCUAGAUAGCUCAUCGUCGCUGUACACCAUCAAACUAUUGCAGAGUUUGGCGCGCGAAGGGCGUACCAUCGUCUGCACGAUCCAUCAACCAUCUGCAACGGUUUACGAAAUGUUUGACCACGUGUACGUGCUGGCUGAGGGUCACUGCGUCUAUCAGGGCUCGGCUCUGAACACCGUACCUUACUUGCGCUCGGUCGGGCUCCACUGUCCGGCGUAUCACAAUGCGGCCGAUUACUUGCUAGAGGUCACCAAUAAGGAGUACGGUAACUUCACCAAAGCGCUUGCAAAGGCCGCCACCGAACCAAGCUGGCGACUGAAUCCGCUCGUUCCGGUGGUGGAUCGAUUGGGCAGCGGGGUACCAAUCGCGGGGGCACUGGUCUGCCCGCCGGCCUAUGACAGCAAUCACAACGACUCCAUCUAUCAGGGACACCGGAAGGAAGUGGAACCGUUGACCGUAACGGUGGAGCAGCUGCCGGCAAAGAUGAACCAGAAGCACCAACAGCACCGGCCGUCCGAGUUUGCCAAACUGUUGAUCCUGAUGAAGCGCUCCAACAUUCAGCUGUACCGCGACUGGACGGUGACACAUCUGAAGCUGUUUGUCCACAUCGUGUGUGCCAUCGUGAUUGGAUUGCUGUUCGGCGAUUCGGGAAUUAACGCAACGAAAUCGAUCUCGAACGUGGCCUCGUUUAUGGUGCACGUUCUGUACCUAUGGUAUACGACACUCAUGCCCGGUGUCCUAAAGUACCCGUAUGAAAUGAAUAUCUUGAAGAAGGAAUCCUUUAACCGGUGGUAUAAAAUACGAACGUAUUUCGUAGCAUCCAUGCUGACGUCAUUACCAGUACAGAUCUUCUUUUCGAUUGUUUACGCCUCGAUUGUCUACGCGAUGACGUACCAACCGUGCGAGCUGGAGCGAUAUCUCAUGUUUACGGCCGUGCUGGUGCUCAACACCAUCGUUGCCGAUGGAUUCGGGCUGUUUCUGGGCACGUUCCUGAAUGAAAUCAACGGAACGUUCAUCGGUGCCAUCAUGACCUGCUUCAUGUUUGUGUUCUGCGGUUUUCUCAUCAUGUUCAGCCACAUGUCGGAUGCGAUGCGGGGCAUCAGCUACCUUUCGUCGCACCGGUACAGCUUCGAGGCCUUGGUACUGACCGCUUACGAUGACAGUCGGACCGAUCUGGUGUGCCCGAAGGACGAGAUGUACUGUCACUACGUGAAAGCCAACACGAUACUUCGGGAGCUUGGUGUAGCGUCCGGCAACUAUCUGUUCAACGUGGUGACGCUGGUCGUGCAUUUCGUUGCAAUUAAGGUGGUUGGAUUCUGGACGCUCAAGCGCAAACUAAGGAUGGGUUGAUGUGGAGGACAGGACGAGAUAACACACACACCCACACAACUACGAAUAAAUGUAGGGGGACAUACAGCAAAUAAAUUCAUACACACGCACACGACUUAAGCACGGGUAGUAAGUCAUACCGGCGUGCCCAGGACCAGGCAGGCUGGCAAAUGGUAGAGCAGCAGCACUAGCAAACCCUUAAGUGGAAUGGAUUGUGAUUAAUAUUUCGUUGUACAUGUUUGGUACUUUAACGUUUUACUAUGCUUCAUACUUGGACAAUGUGUAUACUAAGAAAUCAGUGAUCAAAAGUGGAAACUUUUUACUCCACAGCUCAUGGAAAGAAUAAGAGCAAAGCGCAUUAAAGAGGUACAAAUGGAA